CCCCCUUCUCAUUUGGUCAAAUCUCCAAAUACCAUCAGGUCAAACUUCGGUAAACUUGGGAGUGGCUGCCGUACAAACAAAUAUAAUAAAAGGAUAUUGCCCUCGUUAUAAACGUCCAUUAAGAAAGCAGACUGCUAUGGACCCAAGCGCCCCUCCUAAGCAAUGGCCAGAUGAGAAGUCUUCCAUGGCCCAGGCGCCCCCGCCACCUUACCGGGACAAUCUGUACCCGGGAUACCCCCAGCCGGGACCGGGUUGUUUCCCUCCCCAUCCGCAGGAGUCUAUUUAUCCGCCAGCAUAUGGCGGUGCCGCGUACGGGCAGCAGCAGUACACGGCGGAUCAACAAUACCCACUCCAGGCCGGCACGGUCACCAUCCAGCCCACGGUGCUCGUGACCCGGGCCCCGCUGGAGACCCCCGUCAAUGACUACAUGUGCUACUCCAUCUUCACCAUGCUGUGCUGCUGCCUGCCCCUCGGAAUCGCAGCCCUCAUCUACUCAAUUAAUGCCCGAGAAGCCAACCACAGUGGGGAUCAGCUGAUGGCCGAGCGGAGCAGCCGCACUGCCAGAACACUUAACCACGUGGCCCUAGGACUCGGCAUCGGCGGCGCUGUCCUCUUAAUCAUCUAUGUGGUGGUUGUGGUGUCCCUGGUGUCUCGCUAAACUUAUUUAAAAAAAUUCCUAUUAUCCUAUUUUCCAUUUCCAAAUACUACAUCAGCUCACUCUGGCCUUUGCGUUGAAGUCACCUGAUUGUCUGUUAGUUAAAAGAGAAAUGUCGGAGGAUUUGAUCUGUUUUGAUUUGUUCGCAAUAUGACAAAAUUAAAAUAAUCCAAAUGUUUCUAUUAUAUUUGAGCCGGUUGAAAUGUGAACUCCUUUCCGAUCAGUUUCCCUGGUGUUUGGUACCGGUACAUGUGUAAAAACAACCGUUUUUUGUUAUUUUUUUCCCAAACAUAAUCGUACAGAAGGUGUCAAUAAACAUAGCUUUCAAAAUAAACUUCAAAGGUGGUAGAAUGGACAUACAUCACUGUUUUUCACAUCUAUCAUGGGCCAGUCGCCACAACAAGGAUACAUGAAAAUAGCCUGAAGCGUAAAAUCAUCCUUUGCAUGAAAAAGUGCUGUUUUUCCUCUGCUUCGAGAGGGAAAGAAAUGAUUCACAUUUCUGAUAAAACUGCCUCUCAAGCAACAUCCUUCCUCAUAUCGUCAAUGGCUGCCAUUGUUUUCGGCUACACUAGCCCCUUCGAUUCAGCCUCACAAAGUCAGCUUGAAGAUGGCUGAUAAUGACCUCCUCUUUCCCUUGAGGGAUGUUAAUCAAUAUAAUAUAUAAAUAAAAAUAAUUUCCAUUUUUUGCCACUCCCGGCGGCAUGUUGAGCGACUGGUUAGAGCGUCUGCCUCACAGUUCUGAGGACCGGGGUUCAAUCGUCUGUGUGGAGUUUGCAUGUUCUCCCCCGUGCCUGCGUGGGUUUUCUCCGGGCACUCCGGUUUCCCCCCACAUCCCAAAAAGAUGCAUGGAAGGUUAAUUGAAGACUCUAAAUUGCCCAUAGGUGUGAAUGUGAGUGCGAAUGGUUGUUUAUUUCUAUGUGCCCUGCGAUUGGCUGGCAACCAUUUCAGGAUGUACCCCGCCUCCUGCCCGAUGAUAGGUGGGAUAGGCUCCGGCACUCCCACGACCCUAGUGAGGCGAAGCGGCUCAGAAAAUGGAUGGAUGGAUGGAUGUCACUCCCUUCCACUAAGUUUCAUUGAAAUCAGUUGAGUAUUUUUUUCUGCACUUUGGCCUCGGUUGAGGCCUCUGGUUUAAAAGGGAUUGAUUGCAAGUGGGCGGCACGGUGGCCGUCUGGUUAGAGCGUCAGCCUCACAGUUCUGAGGACCCGGGUUCAAUCCCUGCUCCCGCCUGUGUGGAGUUUGCAUGUUCUCCCCGUGCCUGCGUGGGUUUUCUCCGGGCACUCCGGUUUCCUCCCACAUCCCAAAAACAUGCACGUUAAUUGAAAACUCUAAAUUGCCCGUAGGUGUGAAUGUGAGUGCAAAUGGUUGUUUGUUUGUAUGUGCCCUGCGAUUGGCUGGCAACCAGUUCAGGGUGUACCCCGCCUCCUGCCCGAUGACAGCUGGGAUAGGCUCCAGCACGCCCGCGACCCUAGUGAGGAGAAGCGGCUCAGAAAAUGGAUGGAUGGAUGGAUGAUUGCAAGUGGUCUUUCCAUGUAAAAUUACUGUCCAAGAGGACCCUCCCCCUUCCAAAGAUUUAUAGUAUUAUAUCCUGCUUAGUGUUCUGCCUUUGAUGCCUUAAAAACGGAGUACUGGAUUGUUGCGCCACACGUGCAGACGUCAGAAAUUAUAUUCAGAUUUUUUUUUUUUUACUGUUGCUUCCUUCCACUUUGCUUUUGAAUGUGUCUAUGAUGACUAACCCUCAGAAAUUUAUGCUUUUCUAUCAUGUCGUGAAAACUAAUCACAUAAUUUGCAGGAGGAGAGAUGUUAUAUGAUGUCAUCCACUCCUCCUCCAAUUUUUGGUGUCACAUUUUUUGGUGUGCAAGGCCAAAGAGGAAAAUGUACCAAAAUCAGCAGGUUGGUUGGUUAUGAGGCGGUUGUUGUGAAAUGGUCAUUAUCUGCUAUGUAUCCUUGCAGAGUGUCUAUGUUCUUCUCUCAUCCAAAGCUGAAAAAGCCAGCCUGUACUUUGUAACAAAUUUCUUUAUAAAUAAAGUUCCACAUAUUUUGAAAAGAAAAAUACAA